AUGAAGUACGUAAAUCAUAAGACAAUUGUUGCCUUUCUGCCUGAAAUUGGCAAAGCGGGAUCGCACGUGACUUCGCGUCCUAACCUGGAAGCACGCGUCGAUCGCGACUCCCAUGGAGCAACCAAGCUGUUUUUGAGCUCUAUUUGCCGUGUGAUGGCAGCCAAAGAGACUCAGGCUGAGCGCGGGCUGAUUUCUUCGUGCUUCAAUCUUGCUCUCGGGUGGCAACUCAGCAACGCCAUGAGCGACGAUACUUGCGCAAACCCCCUGCUUCUGGGUUGGAUUAAGGAAUGGCUCGACCAGGCCCGGGAGCGUAAUACCAAGGGAGUCACGGUGUACAAAAAGGCGUACGAGUCGAUGAAAGCAUGUCCCUUGACGUUCCAACACCCCUCGGAAGCUCAGCAACUCAACGGCCUGGGACCUAAACUAUGCGAACGUCUCACAAAUAAACUCAAGGAGUAUUGCAAGGAGCACGGGCUUCCCAUGCCCGAAGAUCCACGGACUGCCAAAGCGGACAAAAGAAAGUCUACUGAUGGUGACACUGAAGGCCAACCGGCAAAGAAGGCCCGGAAACCCAAACCGUAUGCGCCGGCUUUACGAUCCGGCCCUUUUGCUUUGAUUCUCGCCCUGAGCAGUCUCGAUGAGAAUUCGAACCAGAGCAUGACCAAAGCGGAGUUGAUUGAGAAGGCACAGCCGUAUUGUGAUAGCUCGUUUACCGUGCCUUCUGAUCCGACCAAGUUUUUUACCGCUUGGAAUUCGAUGAAGAUAUUGCUCACGAAGGAGCUCGUUUAUACACGAGGGCAUCCUCUGAAAAAGUAUUCUUUAACUGAAGAAGGGUGGGAGGUUGCCAAAGCUAUCAAGAAGACCGCCCAGAAGUCAAUUCAGAAUACACUACCGUUUGAUGUUCAAUCAGAUGUAACCGCGGAUGAACCUAGAACCGCACAGCGAGAAGACCUUGCAAGCCAGAGGGAUUUCGAACGUCAGAUUAGACCAGGUCUCCAAGCUCAUAAUAGUCAACGGCACACCCUAGAUUCCCUGGAGAACACAUUAGACAACUCAACGAUCACGCCAAUCCCCAUCUCCCCAGACAACUUUACCGUUCAACUAAUCCUUGACACGCGCGAAGUUCGGACAUCCAAAGACAGGGACUACAUAUCCAACGAAUUGAUCCGCAAAGGUAUUACUCCCGAAGUCCGCGCCCUCGAAGUCGGCGACACAAUGUGGGUAGCCAAGUUCCACGAUCCAACCUUUCUCCGCAAAUACGGAGAAGAAGGCGACGAAAUUAUGCUCGACUGGAUUGUGGAGCGUAAACGACUAGACGACCUUAUAGGCUCUAUAAAGGAUGGCCGCUUCCAUGAGCAGAAAUUUCGCCUCCGCCGUUCGGGCAUUAAGAAUGUUAUCUACCUCAUUGAGGAGUUCGCCGUGACACAUCAUGAGUCAAAUGCCGCAGCUGCUCAGAAAUAUCAUGACAUGGUUGCUUCGGCUAUUGCACAGACGCAAGUUGUGAAUGGAUAUUUUGUCAAACGAACGAAGAAUCUGGACGAUACGAUACGGUAUCUUGCGCGCAUGACAUUCCUACUGAGAAAUAUGUAUAGCGCCCCAUCACCACCCUCUUCGCGUACCUCAGCUAGACCUUCCCAUACCCUCGCCCUCCUCCCGACCCGGCACCUCGCCCUCUCAAGCUCCCAUAUUUCGGCUCUCAACACGCUCCGCGCCGAGAACCCGCACGUCACAUACGGCGUCACAUUCCCGACCUUCUGCGCUAUCGCCUCAAAAUCAGACGCCCUGACACUCCGUGACAUAUUCUUAAAAAUGCUCAUGUGCACCAAGGGGGUUAGCGGGGAUAAGGCGCUGGAGAUUCAAAGGGUCUGGCCGACGCCCCAGGCUUUUAUCAGGGCGUUUGAGGAGUUGACUGACCCCAAACAAAAAGAGAAUAUGGUGGCAGAUCGCAUGGCGCACGUUAUGGUAGGGAGGAAGAAGAUUGCGAAAGUGCUUAGUAGAAAGAUUGCAGAGGUUUGGGGAGGCUUACCUGGAUAGUGUAUAAUGUUUAGGUUGAGAAUUGACACUACGA